GGAUGCGACGCCUGAGCGCGGUGUGGCUGCUGGGGGGCACCGUCCUGCUGGCGGCCUCUGCCUCCUGCAAUCACACCUUCCCAGGAGUCAAUAGAUCCUCCAAAGGAAGGAGUCUCAUUGGUACAGUGGAUGACUCGUCUCGAAUCCCUGGGAAAGGAGUUACAGCGAAACCAGGCUUUUCUGUGGAUGAAUUUUCUGCCUCCCUCCUGACUGGAAAACUGACUACCGUCUUUCUUCCAGUUGUCUACACGAUUGUAUUUGUGAUUGGUUUGCCCAGUAAUGGCAUGGCCCUGUGGGUCUUUCUCUUCCGAACAAAGAAGAAGCACCCUGCUGCGGUUUACAUGGCCAACCUGGCCUUGGCAGACCUCCUCUCUCUCAUCUGGUUCCCUUGGAAGAUCGCCUACCACGUGCAUGGCAACAACUGGAUUUAUGGGGAAUCUCUUUGCAAGGUACUCAUUGGUUUUUUCUAUGGCAAUAUGUACUGCUCCAUUCUCUUCAUAACCUGCCUCAGCGUACAGAGGUAUUGGGUCAUCGUGAACCCCAUGGUGCACACCAGGAAGAACGCCAACAUCGCCAUCGGGAUCUCCCUGGGGAUAUGGCUGCUGAUUCUGCUGGUUACCAUCCCCUUGUAUGUUGUGAAGCAGACCAAUUACAUCCCAGCCCUUAACAUCACAACCUGUCAUGAUGUUUUACCUAAGGAGGUGUUGGUGGGGGACAUGUUCAACUAUUUCCUCUCUCUGGCCAUUGGAGUCUUCCUAUUCCCGGCUAUCCUCAUGACUUCUGCCUAUGUGCUGAUGAUUAGAACACUUCAAUCUUCUGCCAUCGAUGAAAACUCAGGAAAGAGGAAGAAGAGAGCCAUCAAACUUAUUGUCACUGUCCUGGUCAUGUACCUGAUCUGCUUCACUCCUAGUAACAUUCUGCUCGUAGUGCAUUAUUUCACUAUCAAACACUGGGGCCAGAGCUAUGUCUACACCCUGUACAUUGUAGCCCUCUGCCUCUCCACCCUCAACAGCUGCAUCGACCCCUUUGUCUAUUACUUUGUUUCAGAAGACUUUAGGGGUCAUGCGAAGAACGCUCUUCUUUGUCGCAGCAUCCGUACGGUAAAGCAGAUGCAAAUAUCCCUCACAUCAAAGAAAUCCUCCAGGAAAUCCAGCUCCUACUCUUCAAGUUCGACCACCAUUAAAACCUCCUAUUGAGUAUUCCAGCUCCUCUGCUGGAAGUUUUACAGAAGGAUUUGGAGCGUGCUUCAUGUUAUGGGAUGUUUCUGUUGUUUCCUGACCAGGAAGUUCUUAUCACAUACCAUGUACAUGCAGCACCUCUCAGGAUUGCUGGAAACUUCCCUGUUCUCAUGAAGAAAGUCCACCGAUGUCAGUUUCAGAAUUCCUCUACUCAGAUGCUCCCAGGAAUGAAACUUAUAAAAGCAGACUUUUUAGAAGGUGGCCAAAACACAGAAACCCAGUGACUUGCAAAAACUGGUUUUGGCAUGACGACUAAGUUCUUAGCUGAAACUAAAUUUCUUAUACACCUGGGGUAAAUCACUGUCUUGUUAGGGCUUAAGCGCCCUCAGAGAUGAUCAGUCCAAUCGACUGACUUGACAGAUGAGGAAACUUUUAAAGAGGUGAAGGAGCUGCCCAGAGUUAGGCUUCCAACCAGUGGCAGCCAGUUAGGAUUGAGCAGUAGAAUUUAAAUGGUCAGGGGGGUUCUUGUACCACCUCAUUGAAAUCAUCGAGCAUCUUCUUUAAAAAUACAGGUUCGUCAGACUCAGGAAUGAGAGUUCAGAGCCUGGGGCAGGGCCCAGGAACCUGUAUUCUAACAAGCCUCUGCAUGAUGCUCACUGACGCUCACGCACACCAAGUUUGCCAACCACAGGGCUGGCUGAUGCUUCCAUUGGACAAGGUGCCCUGGUAGUUUUUAAAAAGAGAAACAAACAGAAUGUUUUGUGUCUCUCUUAUGUUCAGCUUAUAAUGAAGUCGGUUUGUUGACUUACUGGGUCUUUAAGUUUCUUUAUUAAUCUUGAGCUUUUAUAUGUAUCAUUAUAUCUAUGAGGCAAAUACAAUGAGGAUUUUAAACAUGAAAAUACAAAUUUUGUGUAACUUUUUACUGACUUCAGUGAAAUCUUCAGGUAGCCCAAGUUUCGUGGCUAGGAACAGAAUUUACCAUGUAGUAUUUUAAGAAAUUAUUGUUGGACUAUUGUCAGUUUUGUUCCCUUGUUAUUAAAUAUGAAAUUAUAACGCCUUCACCGGGUUUGAGCCACAUCUGUUUGGAAAAGAACACUAAAAUGGAUGUGAUUUGCAGUAAUAUGUCUAAGAGGUACUGAACUCCAGACUGACUUUAUACAACUUGUAUUUGUGACUUUUUGAAAUAAUUAUUUUAUUGUAUGACUUAUAAAUAACAUGACUAUUUUUUACAACUUCUUUCUGAAGUGUGUGUGUGUGUGUGUGUGUGUGUGUGAGUGAGGGAAGGAAUGUAAAAAGCGAAGCAACAGCAUUCUUUUAAGAAGAAAGGAUGUGAUGCUCACACCUUAUUUUUACAUAAAAAGGGCCAUACUGUA